UGAGGGAAGAAGGUUGUAUCUCACUUACUCACUCUCCAACUCAGUCCUCGGGAGUGCGACCAAGUUUGCCUUAAAAAAAAAAAAAACAUUCCUUUUGGGAAUUUCUCUGGCGACCAUGGGACAGUGGAGACCCACGUCCUUACAGUGCAAGAAUGCCAACGCCACCAGAGCGUAAGCCGCUCGGCUCGGGAAUUUAAGAGAAGAGAAGUUUGCUGGACGAGCACACUCUGGGGAGCCUCAGGUUCCCUGAAGAGAUGCCAAAAAUGGGUGCCAUCCAAGGCAGCUCUCUGCUCCGCCUGUGGGUGGUUCUGCUGACAGUGGCCGGAUGCGAGGCAGGCUUGGACAAGGAUAAGAACAGCUCUCCGCUGAGGUUCACCCACCAUCUCUACAAUGCCACCAUCCACGAGAACUCCGCCCCCAGGACGUACGUGCAGAGUCCCAUCCGAAUGGGCAUCGUGGUGGCGGAUCCCUUCUGGGACCUCAAGUAUAGUCUCGUCGCGGGCGACGACGAUGAACUCUUCAUGGCGGAGGAGGUCAGCGUGGGAGACUUCUGCUUCCUGCGGAUCAAAACGCGGGGCGGACACUCGGCAGUGCUGAACCGAGAGGUGCGGGAUGUGUACACGGUCACCGUGGAAGCUGUCGAGAGCACGCACAACUACCAGGCCUGGACGAAGGUUUCAAUCCAAGUCCUCGACACCAAUGACCUCAAGCCGCUCUUCUACCCCGCGUCGUACAACGUGGCAAUUAAAGAAGACACGCCGCUGAAAACGAGCAUAGCUAAAGUCAGCGCGACCGAUGCAGAUCUUGGCAUCAAUGCGGACUUCUAUUACUCAUUUUCCACCAGGAACCAUCCGUUCGCAGUCGAUCCUUUUACUGGGGUCAUCACGCUUGUCAAGAAGCUGGACGCCAGUCGGAGAGACAAGUAUGAGUUGAAGGUUUUGGCCGAGGAUAGGACAAAGAAAAUCUCUGGAGUGCAGAAGUACGCCAACGAUGCACGGGUAAUUGUGACGGUGAAGAAGGUCACAGCCAGUUUUCCACUGGUCACCCCCGUCUCAAUCAAGGGACCUGAAAUAGACAGUGACAAAGUCACCAUUGACAUUCAGAUCAAGCCUGAACUACGUCAGAUCGAGACCUUGAGCAUUGUUUCAGGAGACCCCCAACAGUAUUUCCAGAUUAUUCCAUCCAAUGUACAAGGGAGUGACUUCCAAGUUAUAUCAACCAAAAGAAUUAACUGGUCAGAAAACACAUAUGGACUGAAUUUAACUCUUCAAGCAAAGGACAGGAACAAUCCUCCUCUACUUAGUCCAAAACAGGAAAUACAUAUUCCCUCACCACAAGUCAUGCCAUUGAAAUUUAAACAGGAUGUGUAUUAUACAACCCUCAGUGAAUUUGCUCCAGCUAAAAGUCAUGUAGUUAGAGUUACAGCAAACCAAAUACUUCCAAAUAUUACAUAUCACUUGAAAAGUGGUUCGGACGGUCGUAAAUUUCACAUGAAUGCCAAAACUGGUGUUAUCGUGACAUCAGAGACACUUGACUUUGAGAAAAAGUCUCGGCAUGACUUAAUCGUGACCUUAAAUCAGGGUCAGGCUGAGGCUCGUGUAAUUAUUGAUGUCACUGACGAAAAUGACAACGUCCCUAUUUUCACCCUUCCAUCUUAUCAGGCCAGUCUCCCCGAAAACGUCCCCAUAGGAACCAGUGUCUUGUCCAUUACCGCGAUAGACGUCGACCAGGACAACAACGGGUUCGUGACAUACGCCAUCGCGAACACUGGCCCGCUUCCGUUCACCAUUGACCCGUUCACCGGCACGAUAGUGACCACGGAGGAGCUGGAUUACGAGGUGAUGAAGCGCAGGUAUCAUCUCCGCAUCUGGGCCACCGACAGCGGCAGGCCCUUCAGUCACGUGAGCGAGGUGGAGGUCACCGUCACCAUGAGCAACAUAAACGACAACGCCCCUCUGUUUGAGGUGGUCAACUGCAACGCCUCCAUCCCUCUGGACCUCCCUGUCGGGAGCAGUAUCGGGGAGGGCCUGUCCGCUGUCGACCUGGACGAGCUGCUCCAGGUCAAGUAUGGCAUUGCAUUUGGCAACGAUGACAAUCUGUUUGAAAUUAACCCCACGACCGGGGUCAUUAGUCUGGCCAAACCCAUUCCUGUGGAGGAGGAGGAGGAGGAGGGGAUCAAACCAUUGUCAUACACGCUGAAAAUUAUCGCAACUGACGGCAAGUACAGCUCCGACCCCACCGCAGUCACUGUCAGCAUAACGAGCAAAGUCAAAGAGGCUGUUAUGCAUUGCCAGGAAACUGGAGUUUUCAAACAGCUGACAGAUAAGCUAAUUGAAUCUAUCAGGCCGGUGCUGUCUGCACAAGAAGACGAGUCGUUCUCAGAUGUCCACAUCAUCAACCGUCACUCUCCAAAGUUUGCUUCAGGCACUCCCAGCACCAUUGAUGUCAGGGAGAACACUCAAAUCAACACAACUGUCCUUCACAUCAAGGCCACGGACAAUGACACAGGCUUUAAUGGUGAGCUUGUCUACGCCAUCCCAAAUGGAAAUGAGAAUGGGUGCUUUGCAGUGGAUAUCCACUCUGGAGAGCUGCGUCUAAUUUGCCCACUAGACAGAGAGACCAAGGAGUUUUACAUUCUAAAUAUAACAGUCUAUGAUCUUGGCACACCACAGAACUCAGUGUGGAAGUUUCUGGCUGUGAAUAUUUUAGAUGUUAACGACAACCCACCACUGUUUGAGCAGUCCAGAUACAUCAUAAACAUUCCAGAAAAUGCUGAAGUAGACUCAAGUAUCUUUAAAGCACAGGCCGUAGAUUUCGACAUGGCUGACAAUGGAAUCGUUAGGUAUUCUCUGUUGACACAAACAGAUUUAUUUCAGAUUAAUGAGGAGACUGGUGAGGUGAGUGUCACCGGGCGACUGGACAGAGAGAUCAUGCCCAGGCAUGACCUGAGGGUGGAGGCUAAGGAUCAGGCCAAAGAGGACCCUCAGCUCUUCUCACUGAUGGAUUUUGUGGUGGUGUUGGAAGACGUUAAUGAUAAUCCUCCCAGAUUUGCUCCCAAAGUCUACAGGAUUAAGGUCCCUGAAGAUGUGCCUGUGGGAACAGUGCUUUUGUGGGUUGAGAUCCAUGACCUGGAUUCAGGGCCUGGAGGGCUAAUCAGCUAUAACCUGAAGAACAAUGAGAACGGGAUCUUCUUCCUGGACACGGCCACGGGCUCCCUGACAUUGGAGAAGGAGAUGGACUUCGAGAGGAAACAGAUGUACAACCUCACCGUCCGCGCAGUCGACCAUGGCCUGCCCCGAUCACUCUCCUCCUCCUGUUUCAUCGAGGUGGAGGUCCUGGACGUCAACGAAAACCUGAACAGCCCGGCCUUUACAGAGUUUGUCUACACGGCACAUGUGAUGGAGGAUGCAGUGGCAGGAACGUCCGUUUUGACUGUGACAGCUGCUGACAAGGAUGUAGGCAGAGAUGGAGUCGUCAGAUACUUCAUCCAUGACGGUUCAGGCCUGGGAGUCUUCACUAUCGACGAGGAGACAGGUGUAAUUCGGACUGUGGACACGCUGGACAGAGAAACAGUCACUCACUAUUGGCUGACUGUCUACGCCACAGACUUAGGCACCGUCCCACUGGCGUCCUGGGCAGAGGUCUAUCUGGAGAUUUUGGACGUUAACGACAACCCUCCGGAGCUGUCCCAGGCCAUCUACUUUGCGUCAAUCCAGGAAAACCAGCCUCCGGACCUGUCUGUGCUCCAGGUGUCCGCCACCGACGUGGACAAGUCCUCCGAGAACAAGCUGGUCUACCAGAUCUUAGAGUCCCAGCGCACAUACUUUGCCAUUAACUCUACAACAGGUGUGAUCACUUCCCUCACUGCGCUGGACCGAGAACAAAAAGCGGAGCAUAUUAUUGAGGUGAUCGUGUCAGAUAAUGGCAGCCCGCCUCUGCGCUCCACAGCCUCCGUGGUCAUCCGGGUGAAGGACGACAAUGACAACAACCCCCUUUUCAGCCACAAGAUCUUUCAGGUCCGGCUCCCGCAGCGUCGUGGCAACGACAGUCCACAGGAAGUGUACCGGAUGGUUGCCCGCGACAACGACGAGGGCCCCAAUGGGAUGAUCACGUACAGUCUCCAGGACAACCAAAAGGGCCGAUUUGAGAUUCACCCAAUUACUGGAGUAGUGUCCUCCAGAGGGGACUUCUCUCAAGGCAACUACACCAUCCUCACGAUCAAAGCCAGUGAUCACGGGAGUCCCGUACGGACGUCCACGGCCCGCCUGGACAUUGAGUGGCUGGCCACCCCCAACCCCAGCCCCGAGCCGCUGGCCUUCGACGAGGCCCACUUCACCUUCGCUGUCAUGGAAACGGACCCUGUCUCCCACAUGGUCGGGAUCAUAAGUACAGAGAUCACAUCCAAUCUGCUCUGGUUUGACAUCACCGGCGGUGACGACGAUCAGGAUUUCGACAUCGAUACGAACACGGGCAGCAUCGUGGUCGCUCGGCGCCUGGAUGCGGGGAAGAGAUCCAACUACAAUCUGACAGUGAGCGUGACAGACGGCUCGCAGACCAUCACAACCCAGGCCUACAUUCGCGUAGUGGACAUGAACGAGCACCGUCCAGUCUUCCAGAAGGAUCUGUACGAGGUGAGGGUCCCUGAGGAUACGGCGCCUUGGAAGGAGAUUCUGCAGGUGAGCGCACAGGACGCCGACAUCAACAGCCGACUCCUCUACUCCAUCCACAACAGCGUCCACCCAGACAGCGGCCGCCACUUUCAGCUGGACCCUCGGAGCGGAGUGCUGGUCAUGACCGAACAGCUGGACUUCGAGGCGCUGCCCCUGCACAUACUGACCAUUAUGGUUCGAGAUCAGGAGAUCCCACCGAAAAGAAACUUUGUUAGAGCCUUGAUCCAUGUAGAAGACUGCAACGACCACACCCCGACCUUCACGAGUUCUCGCUACGAAGGCAGCGUUGCUAAUUUGGCUCUUACGGGCACUGAAGUUCUGCAAGUUAAGGCGCUGGAUAAAGACACCGGAAGCAACGCUGAGAUAGUCUACUCUUUUCAUUCCGGAAAUGGUGACGGGGCCUUUGACAUUGACCAGGGCACAGGAACUAUAAGUGUAGCAAAGUCUUUAGCCAACACGCUGCAGGAGCAGUACCACCUCACCGUCAAAGCCACCGACCAGGGCUUCCCUCAGCGCAGUGACCUCUGCCCCGUCACUGUCCACAUUACCCUCUCCGACCUCACCCCCCCCAGAUUCCUCUCGGAGGAGUACUUCACUGAGAUCAGUGAGGCCAGUCUGCCCGGCUCUCCCGUGGUCUCGGUCUCUGCACAAAGCCCCCUGGCCCUUCAGUACAGCAUCCGAGAUGGUGAUCAUAAUGGAACUUUCCACAUCAAUUCCUACUCGGGUUUCAUCUCCGUCCAGACGUGGUUGGAUUACGAGAUGUGCGCCUCGUAUCGCCUCCAGGUGCGAGCCACCACAUCUGCAGGAACCUCGUCUGAUGCGACUGUGCACCUGUACGUCGUGGAUGAGAAUGAUAACCCGCCGGCUUUCCUGCACAGGAGUUACCGUGGACAGAUUAGCGAGGCUGCUCACAUCAACGCCAUGGUUAUCGGGGAGAACAACUCCCCUCUGGUGAUCAGGGCCAGCGACGCAGACAAGGACUCCAAUGCCCUGCUCGUUUUCCAGAUCCUGGAGCCAGAGGCCAAGAAAGUGUUCAGAGUGGACCCCAACAUGGGGACGAUUUCUCUCAUAUCCUCCAUUGACUAUGAGUCUACUCCAGAGUUUCACUUAACAAUCCAAGUCAGAGACUCAGGGGAGCCCUCGCUAUUGGCAGAGACACCAGCCAAGGUUGUCAUCCAGGUCUUGGACUAUAAUGACUGUCCUCCCAAAUUCACAGCCCCCUCAUAUAACUCCUCCAUUGAAUUCCCUCUCUUCAAAGACAUGGAAGUCAUCCAGGUAAUGGCCCAUGAUGCGGAUUCCGAGGUGACCUAUAGUUUGAUUGAAGGCAAUUCUGAUAAGAACUUUGCCAUUCAUCCCUCAUCUGGUGUCAUCUCUAUUAGUGAUGUGUCUGGCAUCCAAACUCACAGUCAGCUAAAAGUCAUGGCCUCUGAUGGCUUGUACAAAGACACAGCGACCGUCCAGGUAAACAUCACCAACAUGACCACGUCCAGUCUGAAAUUUGAGGAGCGGGUCCAGGUGGACACUGUUUUGGAAAAUGUAACGUUUGUGAAAACUUUGGCUGUACUCAGAGCGGCCGGUGGCUACCUAAAUGAGCCAGUCGCCUACAAAGUGCUUAACGGCGGGGAUAAGUUUGCCAUCAUCGAGUCCUCUGGAGUUCUGCAUACCACAGGCGUCCCCUUUGACCGUGAAGAGCAGGACGAGUAUGACCUGGUGGUUGAGGUGAGGGACACGAGAACUCCACCACGUAGAGCGAUCACCCAAGUUAAGGUUUAUAUCGAUGACAUAAAUGACAACGUACCUGUUUUCUCAAAUCUGCCCCAUUCGUUGACCAUCUCGGAGGAGACCGAACCUGGCGAUGUCCUAUUCCAGGUGAUGGCCAGCGAUGCAGACGUGGGCGAGAAUGGAUCGGUCAUUUUUAUGCUUGAAGAUGACUUUGAGCUCUUCAGGAUUGACCCUUAUCUUGGAGAUGUGUCACUUCUGCGGCCCCUGGACUUUGAGUCUCUGAAUAAAUACGUUCUCACUGUGCUGGCGUCCGAUGAGGGAGAACCGAGUUACAGCGCGGCCGCAGAACUUAAUGUUCAAGUGAGGAACCGAUCUCAUCCUGUCUUCCAGAGCCUGUUCUACCCACUGAAAUUGCCAGAAAACAUAUCCCCCUUCACCACGAUCUUGCACGUUCAGGCACGCAACCCUGAGGGCUAUCGCCUCAUCUACAACCUGGAGGAGGAGAACGUUACCAACAAAUUCCACGUCGACUUCAAAACGGGAGUGCUCAGUGUCACAGAUUUCCUGGACUAUGAGACGCAAGCGAUGUACCUGCUUACGGUGCGAGCGACAGACUCCGUAAUGGGCACUUUUGCCGAGGCCAGAGUGGAAGUCGAGGUGGAAGAUAUGAACGACAACUCCCCCGUGUUUCAGAAGCACACAUACGAAGCACGUGUGCUAGAGGGGCUGCCGGCAGGCACCUCUGUGGCACAGAUCACUGCCACGGAUGCUGACUCUGGGUCAAAUAAGGAUAUCACUUACGAGUUACUGGGCACAGGCAAAAACGAGACCGAGUUUUUUGAGAUUGACCCGCAGAGUGGCUUCCUGAUAACGUCACAGGAGCUGGACUUUGAGACCACUCAGCACUUCCUCCUGAAGAUAAGAGCGACAGAUAGUGGCUCCCCGUCUCUCAGCAGUGAGGCCUACAUUCUGGUCAACGUGACCGACGUCAAUGACAACCCGCCUGACUUUACAAAGACCCAUUACAGCGCCUCUCUGGACGAAAUGGCCACCUGUGGGCACAUAGUGGUCAAAAUUCAGGCCUCGGAUCCUGACAGCACAGACCUCCAGUACAAGAUUCUCUCAGGGAAUGAGAACAGGUACUUUUCCAUCAAUGAAUCAUCAGGGGUCAUCUCUUUUUCAAACGUCUGCAAGAGAAACUUGGACCCUUUUUACAACCUCACAGUGGCUGUGUCAGACGGCGUAUUUCAAAAGACGGCCCCGGUGAACAUCGACAUGAUUAACAACAACAGGCACAACCCUUAUUUCAGCCAGAACAUAUAUGAGGCUGAGCUUGCAGAAAACGCUGAGCCAGGCACCCGUGUGAUCCGUCUGGCCGCAAUCGAUCCAGACGACGGGCCUUACGGCAGCGUCGACUACACAAUUAUCAAUAAGCUUGCCGACGAGACAUUCUCCAUAGACCAGGAGGGACAAAUUAUGACAUCACAGCCACUGGACAGAGAAAACCCAUUGCAGAGAGUGAUCGCCAUCAAGGUAAUGGCGAAAGAUGGAGGGGGGAGAGUGGCAUUUUGCACAGUGAAGAUAAUCCUGACGGAUGAGAAUGACAAUCCCCCACAGUUUAAAGCCUCAGAAUACCAGGUUUCCAUUCAGUCCACAGUCAAUAAAGGUGCCCCGGUCAUUCAGAUAAUGGCUUACGACGCAGACGAUGGCAAGAACGCAGAUGUCACCUACACUAUUGACGAAGCAGAGGAGGUGACGGAGGACGUGAUCGAGAUUAAUCCCUUCACCGGGGUGGUUAGCGUCAAGGAGAGCCUGGUCGAUAUGGAGAACAAGAUCUUCAACUUUAAGGUGAAGGCGCGAGACAGCAGCGUGCCGUUCUACAACACCACAGUGCCCGUGCAGGUGAAAGUGGUGUCACCUGAGGUGCCCUUACCACAGUUCACCGAGCCGCUGUACACUUUCACCGCAGCUGAAGAUCUCCCCCUGGGCACAGAGGUGGGCACAGUGCGUGCCGACGGCGACAUGCCACUCAUAUACAGCUUAGUGGAGGGCAACACCAUCGAGAGCAACAAGGACCAAGUGUUCGCUGUGGAUGAGGAGAGUGGCACUCUAGUGGUCCAAAAGAGCAUCGACCAUGAGAGAACCAAAUGGUACCAGAUCGACGUCAUGGCGCAGGGCAACCACAACGGCACCGACGUGGCUUCCCUGGUAUCCGUCAGCAUCCAAGUCCAGGACGUGAACGACAAUGAGCCCUCGUUCGAAGCUGACCCGUACCAGGCCUUCUUGGCGGAGAACAUGCCGGUGGGCACCACGGUCAUCCAGGUGACGGCCAACGACCCCGACACAGGCGACAACGGGCAGGUGACGUACCACAUGGAGCCGGAGGAAAUGGGCGACACCUUCGCCAUCGACAGCGAGAGCGGCUGGAUCACCACACUAACAGAGAUGGACUGUGAGAGCAAGCAGAUGUACCGCUUCUACGUGGUGGCCACCGACCACGGCGGCAAGGUCAAACUCUCCUCCUCGGCCCUGGUGGAGGUGAUGAUCACGGACGACAACGACAACCCGCCCCGGUUCACCGAGGAGUUGUACCAGGGCUCUGUCAUGGAGAACAGCCGGCCGGAGGAAGUCAUUGCAACCCUGUCCACCUCAGAUCUGGACAUCACGGCAGAGCACCGCCAGGUCACAUGUUAUAUAACAGAUGGAGACCCACUUGGCCUGUUCUCUGUGGAAAUGGACGGUGAGGAGUGGAGAGUCGUUCUCAAAGGCGCUCUGGACAGGGAAGCCCAAGACAAACACAGCCUGCGGGUCGUCGCCACGGACGGACGAUCUCAGGACACCACCACUGUGGACGUCCACGUGCUGGACAUCAACGACAACAGUCCUUUGUGCGAGCAGUUGCUCUACACCGAAGCUGUUAUGGAGAACUUCCCGUCGGGCCGUUUCAUUCUUAAGGUGUCUGCGUCUGACCCCGACAUCGGCACCAACGGACAGAUCUCCUUCACCCUUCAUGGACACAAUGCUGACAAGUUCCACCUGAACCAGAGGACAGGGGAGCUGUUCACAAUGGCAGCGCUGGACCGGGAGCAGGAGUCUGAGUACGACCUGGUGGUGAAGGCCACGGACGGCGGCGGCCGCUCCUGUCAAGCCGACAUCUUGCUCAUGGUGCAGGACAUAAACGACAACCCGCCCCGCUUCUCCACCAGCCACUACGAGAUCACCGUGUUCGACAACACCACCGUCAGGACGCCCAUCGCCGUGAUGUACGCCAGGGACCCUGAUACAGGAAUAAACUCGGAGGUGAGGUACUCUCUCCAGGGGCCGGACAGUAGCUUCUUCUCGCUGGACGAAAUCUCUGGGGUCCUUCGCCUGGAGAGACCCCUGACGGACGAGAGUCAGUCAACUUUCGAGCUGAAGGUCAAGGCCACCGACCGCGGCCUGCCCCACCACCUGUCCUCGUUCAUCACGGUAACAGUCAACAAGGUGGACCUCAGUGACUACCAGCCCGUGUUCGCCAGCUCCGAAUACAGCAUCUCUGUCCCAGAGUCCAUCGCUGUGGGAACGGAGGUGUUCAGCGUGUCCGCGCACACAAGAGAUGAAAUGGCCAGCAAACCGGUCAAGUACUCUAUCAUCUCUGGGAAUGAAGGUGGAAGAUUUCAGAUCAACCCUCAGACAGGUGUGCUGUGGGUGAGCGAGUCUCUGGACUUUGAGUUGUGCCACGAGUACUACCUGUCAGUGGAAGGCUCCCGGGCCCGGUCCUCGCUCAGCGACGUCACCAUGGUGAUCAUCAACGUCACCGACGUCAACGACAAUGCACCGGUCUUUGGCCACGCCGACUACACCGCCGAGGUCUCGGAGGACAUCACCCCCGGAGAUGUGGUGAUGCAGGUUACGGCCCACGACCUUGAUGGUCCCUUGAACAGCCUGGUGCGCUACUUCAUUGCCAGCGGCGACCUUCAGCAUCAGUUCAGCAUCGAUCCGCACAGUGGGGAGAUCCGGGCACAUACCGCACUGGACCGGGAGGAGGUGCCCCACUACUCUCUGACCGUGGUGGCUUCGGAUGAUGGGGACCCUCCCCUGUCCUCCGCCGUCCAGGUGACGGUCACUGUGGAGGAUGAAAAUGACAAUCCACCUGUGUUCUCUCAGGUCAACUAUAGCCUCAUACUACAGGAGGGAGAGCCGACAGGCAGCAGUGUGUUGCAGCUGGUGGUCACAGACAAGGACACGCCCAAGAACGGACCACCCUUCUCUUUCCACAUUGUGUCCGGUAACGAGGACCGACGCUUCCAUGUGGACCAGGGCGGCCUGCUGUCGCUGGCCGGACCCCUGAAGAGUAAGUCCAAGGCCCACCACCUGCUCAAAGUGCAGGUGACGGACAGCGGUCACCCUCCUCUCUCCUCCAUCUGCGUGGUGAAGAUCAACGUGACGGAGCAGAGCCGGUACCCUCCGGUGGUGUCCCCUCUGGAGGUCUUCAUCACCACCACGCCCGGGGCCCCCUUCUCCGCCCGCGUCGUCGGCAAGCUCCACGCCUCUGACCAGGACCUGCACGAUGUCCUGACUUUCCAGAUGGUGUCCGAGUCGCCCGCUGCUGCUGGCGGCACCCCUCGUUUCUCCGUGGACCAGUCGGAUGGGCGCGUGGUGGCCGAGCAGGACCUGGCGCCCGGUGCCUACUCGCUCAACGUCAGCGUGUCCGAUGGGACCUUUGCGGCGACAGCGAUGGUGCGUGUGCACGUGUGGGCGGCCAGGCAGCGCAUGCUGGACCGCGGCUUCGGGCUUCGCCUCGCCGGCCUCUCGCCCGAGGAGUUCCUGGGCGACCACUGGCGGGGCCUCCAGAGGAGCCUGAGCGCGGCGCUCGGCCUCCCCCGGCACGAGCUGCACAUCGCCAGCCUGCAGCAGGAGCCCAACUCCCUGGUGCUGGACGUGCUGCUGCUGUGGCGGCCUCAAGGGGGCGCCGGCGGACGAGACACAGGAGAAGGGGUGGUGUCGAGCCAGCGUCUGGCGGGGGCGGUGGCCAAUGCCGAGGAGGGACUGGGCCUGAGUGUACUGCGGCUGCACCACGACGGCUGCCUGGAGCCCGGGUGCCCGCCGCGUGGCUGCCGGAGCUCGGUGCUCAUGAGCGAGGAGAGAGUCACCCACUAUGCCACGGCCAGGGUGGGCUUCAUCACACCACAGCACCGCUGGGAGAGCGUCUGCUCCUGCAACGACUCGGCGAUUCAGUUUGACGGCCACGGCUACCUGAAGUACCUUUAUCGAGCCGACGAGCAGGUGCAACACUUUCACCUGUCGCUCCAAAUCAAGACGUUCCAGAAACAAGCUGUUAUCAUGGCCACUAAUGGAACGGACUGGGGAACCCUAAAGCUCAAGGAUGGAGAGCUGCACUUCCAGCACAGCUGUGGCAACCAGCUCCCCGGCACCCUCCACGUACGCGGGCACCUUGUGUCUGACGGCCGCUGGCACCGUGUCCGCCUAGAGGUCAACGGCACGUCCCUCAGCCUGGACGUUGACGGCCAUGGUGUUGGGCGCGGCUCGCCCGUCCGCGCGACGCUGGCGGAGCCCUGCCGGCUGGUCCGUCCCCGCGGCGCCCUGCUCUUCGCCACCGGUGCCACCGGCGCCGCGUCCCAGCUGGAGCGGCUGCGCGAGCGCACGCCGUCGCUGCCGCCGGCCGGGGGCCUCCGGGGCUGCCUGGAGGGCGUGGAGGUCAACGGUCAGGCCGUGAGCACGGCCGAGGCCCAGCUGGGGCGCGCCGCGUCGUCCGGCCCCGGGGGCAGCCGCGUGUUCGGGAUCUUCCAGUGCUGCACGGCGGAGGGCGGCUGCGCCAGCCAACCCUGUCAGAACGGAGGCACCUGCGAGGAGGACGAGAGUGGAGACGUGCGCUGCAGCUGUCCCGGCCGCUUCUUUGGCGUGAGCUGUGAGCUGGCAGACAACCCCUGCACCUCCCAGCCCUGCAUCCACGGAGGACUGUGUGUGCCAAAGCCACAAGGUUACUUCUGCAACUGCACCCAGCACAGCGAGGGGAGCAGGUGUCAGAACCUGCUGGACCCCUGUUCUCCCAACCCUUGCCCCAGUGGCUACGACUGCAAGCGGGCCGACCGGUCCUUCCACUGCGACCCGCUGCCCCAGUUGUCGCGCGGCAUCACCUACCUGGAGAUGGUGGAGAUCGUGGCGGGAGUCAUAGGCCUCCUCCUCCUGGUGGCAGCGUUCGUGUACCUGCGCAAGCGUUACGUGCGCCAGCGCAAGCACAAGCCCGUCUGCGUGCAGGACUCCAACGGCUACUUCCCGCCGCACCUCACCAAGAGCAUGAUGCUGGCGGCCGGCGGUGGCGGGGACGACUCGCCCCCCAUGGAGAUGAGCACUCUGAUCGGCUCGCGGCCCGGCGACCUGGACCACAACACCCCCUUCCGCACGCUGAAGCAACACGGCCAGUCCCAGAGGGGCAGCCUCCUCAGCGCCAAGCCCCCGGCUCCCGUCGUGUGCCAGGUGGCACCUAACCUCCCACAGCCUGCGCCCCCUCCCUCCACCUCCGACAACGAGUCCAUCGCCAAACACAACUGGGAGCUGGACUAUGAAGUCUAUCCAGCCGACCCAGAUUACUUCGGACGGCCAGCGGUCCAGGAGUUCCCCCAGUUCGACAUCGUGGAGAGCACCUACCCGGCGUCGACGUCCGGCGACUCGCGGCGCAACUCGCGCUUCGGCGGCUUCCCGUUCCCGCUGGAGAGGGUCGGCGGCAUCGGAGGGGGAUCGGACCGGCGCGCCCCUCUCCCGCCCUGCUACAGCAACCAGAACCUGGACGACUUCCUGGGCCCGGACGGGCAGCCGCUGCCCAGCGCCCAGUGCCCCAACGAGUACACGGCGGUCAGCUACUACCCGUCCCAGCACGCCCGCAGCAUGGACAACGUGUCGGGCGGCGGGGGCAGCGCAUACCAGCGCCUCAGCAUGCGGCUCAGCGUGGCGCAGCCGUCCUACGCCUCCGACGGCCGGACCCCUCCGGCCAUCAGCGCUCCUCCCGCCACGGCAGGCCAGCGCUUCCAGCCGCCAAGAACCCGCUAA